AUAUUCUUAAGCAAGCCGAACUCGAGCUUCUUUCGUAGUGGACUUGGCUCCUCUUGUGUAAGGAAACUCUAAACCAGAUCUAGCUCCCAACCUAUCCGUUUUCCAUCAGUUUCCCCUCUGUUCUUUCAAAGUCCAAAUCCUUCAAAGCCUCCAUUUUCACUUCUGUAGUGUAAGCCCUUCUCUCUCUGCAUAAUUACACUAGAUCUCUUCCAUUUCCUCAAACCCCAGCUCCGCAUUCACCUGGAUCUCUCUUCCGGAAAUAAACAUUCAGUGGUAUGAGCUGCUGGGUAUAGUUCAGAGAUGGGUAAAGUUUCGGUGAUUAUAUACAUUACUGUAGCCCUUCUGGUCCUCUUCCUCAUCUCUCACUCUCCCAAUAAAGACCCCGACCACCGCAACAACCACCGCCGCCUCAAGCUGCGUUCUAACUUCAAAUUUGGCAGAGACAACCAACAUGAGCCUGUUGCCUUUGAUCCACUUGUGGCUGACAUGGAGCGGAUCCGGGAGGACCGCCAGUGGGAGAAAGAAUACAUCCAGCAUGAACACCCCGAGUUGAUAUCCACCCAUCAAGACGCUCCCGGCCAUGAGUCCCAGCCCGAGUGGGAGGAUUUCAUGGAUGCUGAAGAUUACUUGAAUGAUGAGCAGAGGUUCAAUGUCACCAAUAGGUUGAUUUUGCUAUUCCCAAAGAUUGAUGUGGACCCAGCUGAUGGAUUACUUACUGAGAGUGAGUUGACUAAGUGGAACUUGAAGCAGGCUGAGAAGGAAGUCUUUCACCGGACGCAGAGGGAGAUGGAGAUUCAUGAUAAAAAUCACGAUGGCUUUGUUUCAUUUGCAGAGUACGAGCCCCCUAGUUGGGUUCAGAAUUUGGAUAACAAUUCUCUUGGCUAUAACAUGGGUUGGUGGAAAGAGGAGCAUUUCAAUGCAUCAGAUGCCGAUGGGGAUGGUUUGUUGAAUUUAAAUGAGUUCAAUGACUUUUUGCACCCUGCUGACUCCAAAAACCCAAUGCUACUUCAGUGGUUAUGCAGGGAGGAAGUAAGAGAAAGGGAUACAAACAAAGAUGGGAAAAUUGAUUUCAAAGAAUUUUUCCAUGGGCUAUUUGAUUUAGUAAGAAACUAUGGUGAAGAAAAUCAUAAUGCUUCCCAAUCAUCUGAUGACUUGAUGGAAAUUCCAGCUAAACAGUUGUUUUCUGAGCUUGAUAAAGAUGGUGACAAACACUUGUCAGAUGUAGAACUACUGCCCAUAAUUGGAAAACUUCAUCCCUCAGAGCAUUAUUACGCAAAGCAACAAGCUGACUACACCAUAUCACAGGCAGAUACAGAUAAAGACGGUCACCUGACAUUGGUUGAGAUGAUUGAGAACCCAUACGUAUUUUAUAGUUCUAUUUUCAGUGAUGAUGAUGAAGAUGAUUAUGAAUACCAUGAUGAGUUCCGUUAAUCUCAUCUCUCAUGCUACGUAAGAUGCAUUCUGCAAACUUUUGAGGCCUCUUGUUGUCUGCCACUGAAUAAUGGAUUUCAUUUUACCAUAAUUUGCAGGACAACUAGAGCAGUGGAAUUCAAUUUCUUUUUCAGCAAGAAUUUUAAGUUUCCUAGAAUUAGUAAUUAUAAAAAAAUUCAUUAAAAUCUUCACCAAGGUUAUGUUGUCAAACAUUUAUAUAUUCAUGGUGAGUCCUUUUUCUGCUGGGGAAUUCUUUUGUUUCUUCAAUCACCUGCUUCAGAUUUUAUGGUCCUUUAUUGCAGAUUAUGGACCUCAGCCUAUACCGGAGAUCUUCUUUCUAGAUGGUAGUUGGGGAAUUUCAUCUUUCUGACAUAAUUUUUGAAUGGUUGGUGUUUCAUAUUUAAUGGUGUCUUAAGAUUCCUAUACUCUUCCGGGCUAGUUGAUAUAUAUACUUGUAUCAUAUGUUACAUUAACCAUAACUUAUUGGGCAUUAUGUUUUAGCAGUUUGAAUGAAUAAGCAUUUUCUUU